CUCAUAGUCGUCGCUUGACGCCUUGUAUAUCACUACAGUCACCACCAUGGCCGCUUCCAUGAUUGUGCAGCGCCGUGCCGCCUUCGGCGUGGCUCGCCAGACGCCCCGCUCGGUGCGCGUGAAGGCUGCGACUCGCCCGGUCUGGUUCCCAGGAAACCCACCUCCGGCCCAUCUGGAUGGCUCCCUGGCUGGUGACUACGGCUUCGACCCUCUCUUCCUGGGCCAGGAGCCGCAGACCCUGAAGUGGUAUGUGCAGGCUGAGCUGGUGCACGGCCGCUUUGCCAUGCUUGGCGCGGCUGGCAUCAUCCUGACCAGCAUUGGUGCCAAGGUUGGCCUGGGCUUCCCAGAGUGGUACGAUGCCGGCAAGGUGGUCGUGGAGAAGAACAACAUUGAUUUCCCCACGCUUCUGAUCACCCAGCUGUACCUGAUGGGCUGGGCCGAGACCAAGCGGUGGUACGACUUCAAGAACCCUGGCAGCCAGGGCGACGGCUCUUUCCUGGGCUUUACUGAUGAGUUCAAGGGCCUUGAGAACGGUUACCCUGGCGGUCGCUUCUUCGAUCCCAUGGGCCUGUCCCGCGGUGAUGCCGACAAGUACAAGGAGUACAAGCAGAAGGAGAUCAAGAACGGCCGCCUGGCAAUGAUUGCUUGCCUGGGCUUCGCUGCUCAGUACGCCGCUACCGGCAAGGGCCCGCUCGACAACCUUGCUGACCACCUGGCUGACCCCAACCACGUGAACUUCGCCACCAACGGCGUUUCGAUUCCGAUUGCCUAAGCUAAUUUGGAGUCGCCAUGGCGUGCUCGAUGCUGGUCGAGACGGUGGAACGGAUUUCCAUCCGUAUCGGCGCAUGGCUGUGCUGGGGUAGUCUUCGGAGUUGCACGAAGUCUGCGCCUUGCUAGUCUUGGAGCUGCGGGAGGGCGUUCAUCCUGCCAGAGCAACAACGGUUUUAAAAGUUAGUUUGUUCCGGCUUGAUGGAGCUUCAAAGAUGGCGCUUCAACAGCGAGCAAUCUAAGUUCUGUCUCUUGAUGGCAGUUUUGUACGGGGUUGAAGGGGUUUUGGUAUAGCAACAAGGGUUGUAUAUCUAAGCUGUCUUUGCAGAGAAGAUCAUGACCGAGUGUUCGUGACCGGGCAAUUGUGGAAGAAUGCGCGAAGGUGCCGGUUAAGCGACUGUGGCUGUGUAACCCAACUAUGUUGUAUUGUGAACGUAUCUCGAGCAUACAGCAAUAAUAUCAAGUGAAGAAUCUGGUCUAUCAGUAGGGAUUAUAGCGAGCCUCAGACCGCUAUGAAGAAACCUUAGGUAGGGCCAUCAAAUCGCGAGGACUAAGAAUGUUAAUGCAAAAAUGCUCGUUU